CCCGGAUCCCUCAGUCUCUAGGCUGGAAUUUCCUGCGCACAAACGAAUACACUCCAAAGGGAACUCUCGCUCACAGAGACUAAGACACCGAUUCCCAGACCCAAACUGGGGUCCAGCUGUACGGGGCCAGAUGCACCUCCGCCUCGGAAGACCGCACUCCAGCACACUGUGAAGAUCCGAAGACCUAGAGAGAACCCGAGCCAGCAAUGGGAGGGAGCUGCGCGCAGAGGCAGCGCCCCGGCCGCCCGCAGGUACUGUUUACCCUGCUGCUGCCUUUGUUCUGUCCCGCGCUGGGCCAGCCGGUCCGCUACUCCAUCCCCGAGGAGCUGGACCGCGGCUCUGUGGUGGGGAACCUCGCCAAGGAUCUGGGGCUCAGCGUCCUGGAAGUAUCUGCAAGGAAGCUGCGGGUCAGCGCUGAGAAGCUGCACUUCAGUGUGGACGCGGAGAGCGGGGAUUUACUGGUGAAGGACCGCAUAGACCGCGAGCAGAUAUGCAAAGAGAGAAGAAAGUGUGAGUUGCAGUUGGAAGCCGUGCUGGAAAACCCCUUGAAUAUUUUUCAUGUCGUUGUGGAGAUUGAGGACAUUAAUGAUCACGCUCCACAAUUCGAGAAGAAAGAGACGCGUUUAGAAAUUCUAGAAUCUGUGUCGGUUGGUACACGAAUACCCCUUGAGCCUGCCACUGACCCCGACAUAAAUUUGAACUCAAUUAAAGACUACCAGCUAAGCUCCAACCCUUAUUUCUCAUUAGUGGUUAGAGUUAAUCCUGAUGGCGGCAAAAGCCCGGAGCUGUCUCUAGAGAAACUUCUAGACAGGGAAGAGCAGAGGUCUCAUCGCUUGAUACUGACUGCCUUAGAUGGAGGGGACCCACCUCGCAGUGCCACCACUCAAAUAGAAAUAUCUGUAAAGGACAACAAUGACAACCCUCCAGUGUUCAGCAAAGAAGAAUAUAGGCUCAGUGUUAGUGAAAAUCUGCCCCCAGGGUCCUCCGUGUUGCAAGUGACAGCCACUGAUGAGGACCAGGGCAUCAAUGCUGCGAUAAGUUAUUACUUUCGGAGCACUGCCCAGAGCACAAGACACGUGUUCGCUCUGGAUGAGAAAACAGGCGUGAUUAGGAACAACCAGCCAUUGGAUUUUGAAGAGGUAGAAAGAUACACCAUGGAAGUGGAAGCGAAGGAUGGAGGUGGUCUCUCUACACAGUGUAAAAUCAUCAUAGAAGUCCUAGAUGAAAACGACAACAGCCCAGAAAUAAUCAUCACCUCUCUUUCUGAUCGUAUCUUGGAGAAUUCUCCUCCGGGAGUGGUGGUGGCCCUCUUCAAAACGCGAGAUCGGGAUUUCGGAGGAAACGGAGAAGUGACGUGUGACAUAGGCAAAGACCUGCCUUUCAAGAUCCAUGCUUCUUCUAGCAACUACUACAAGUUAGUAACAGAUGGAGCCAUAGACCGAGAGCAGAACCCACAAUACAAUGUCACCAUCACCGCUACGGACAGGGGCAAGCCACCCCUUUCUUCCAGUACAACCAUCGCUCUGCACAUCACUGAUGUAAAUGAUAACGCCCCGGCUUUCCAGAAGUCUUCUUACAUAGUCCACGUGGCAGAGAACAACCCACCUGGAGCCUCCAUCGCUCAAGUCAGCGCCUCUGACCCGGACUUGGGGUCCAAUGGUCACAUCUCCUACUCCAUCAUAGCCAGCGACCUGGAACCUAAAUCGCUGUGGUCCUACGUGACCGUGAACGCGCAGAGCGGAGUGGUGUUCGCUCAGCGCGCCUUCGACCACGAGCAGCUGCGCUCCUUCCAGCUGACCCUGCAGGCGCGCGACCAGGGCUCGCCCGCGCUCAGCGCCAACGUGAGCGUGCGCGUGCUGGUGGACGACCGCAACGACAACGCACCGCGCGUGCUGUACCCCGCGCUCGAGCCCGACGGUUCCGCGCUCUUCGACAUGGUACCGCGCGCUGCCGAACCCGGAUACCUGGUCACUAAGGUGGUGGCAGUGGACGCAGACUCAGGACACAACGCCUGGCUGUCAUACCACGUGCUGCAGGCCAGCGAUCCCGGGCUCUUCAGCCUGGGGCUGCGCACUGGCGAGGUGCGCACAGCGCGUGCCCUGGGCGACAGGGACGCGGUGCGGCAGCGCCUUCUGGUCGCUGUGCGCGAUGGUGGACAGCCACCGCUCUCUGCCACUGCCACAUUGCUCCUAGUUUUCGCAGACAGCCUACAAGAAGCAUUGCCGGACCUCGUCGAUCACCCCACUCCUUCCGACUCCCAGAGUGAGCUUCAGUUUUACCUGGUGGUGGCCUUGGCCUUGAUCUCAGUGCUUUUCCUCUUCGCAAUAAUUUUGGCCAUUGCUUUGCGCUUGCGACAGUCUUCAAACUCUUCAGCCACUGGCUGCUUGGGGCCAGUUCUCGGCUCCAAGUCAAGACCUGUACUUCCACCGAACUACAGCGAAGGGACAUUGCCCUAUGCCUAUAAUUUGUGCGUGCCGGGAGAUCAAGCUAAACCAGAUUUUAAUUUUCUCACUUCUGUUGGUGAUUAUCCAGCCACACAAGAUAUUCUCAACAAAGAUAGUUCCUCAGCACUGUUGACUAGCAUUUUAACUCCUAGUAUUGAAGCAGACGAGAAGACCUUUAAUCAGCAAGCCCCGCCCAACACCGACUGGCGAUUCUCUCAAGCCCAGAGACCCGGCACCAGCGGCUCCCAAAAUGGUGAUGAAACCGGCACCUGGCCCAACAACCAGUUUGAUACAGAGAUGCUGCAAGCCAUGAUCUUGGCCUCUGCCAGUGAAGCUGCUGAUGGGAGCUCCACUCUGGGAGGGGGUGCUGGCACCAUGGGCCUGAGCGCUCGCUACGGACCCCAGUUCACCCUGCAGCACGUUCCUGACUACCGCCAGAAUGUGUACAUCCCUGGUAGCAAUGCCACCCUGGCCAACGCGGCUGGCAAACGAGACAGCAAGGCCCCAGCAGGCGGGAACGGCAACAAGAAGAAGUCGGGCAAGAAAGAGAAGAAGUAAAAUGGAGGCCGGGCCUUGAGCACAGGGCAGCCUCCCACCCCAGCCAGCCAGUCCAGCUUGUCCUUACUUGUACCCAGGCCUCAACAUUUCAGGGCUCACCCCAGGAUACUGGUAGGAGCCAAGGCCAUGCUCCCCGUUGGGAAACAAACAAGUGCCCAAGUCAACACCCCCUUCUCUGUGCCCUAGGGGUUGAAUAUGCAAACAGUUCUGCUGGGAACCCCCAUCCAAUCAGUGAUUGUGCCCACGUGGGUAGCAGGGUCAGUGUGGACACAAAAAGCCCACGCCACACUCCCUCAGUUACAGAUGAACUCCUCCUCGGCCUUCCCACUCAGUCAGGCUCCUCCCUCUCCUGCCUCCCUCUCCCCCACCCCACCCACUCCUUCAGUCCCUCUCUCGAGCAAGGUGAUUGGGCUGUUGAGGGAGGGGACAGGUGACCUCAGCAGGCUCCUAGUUCUGAAAGAGUUGGGAGACGAUUACAACCUUCUGGCCUCUCCUCCGGUUCAGAUCCCCGCCCCCCCCCCCCCCCCCCCCCCCGUGUCCGUCCCCCCCCCCCCCAAAGCAUGGUUUGGUACCAGUCUGCCCAUUUCCUUCUAGAGCCUGAGACCAACGCUUACGUUUCGGGGGACCCAGUCACCAUCCCCCUGGUACUGAUGCUUGCUGGAUUUGGGGAAGGCAUUUUGCUACCAAGUCUCUCUUCAAUGCCUGGGGACCAGUCUUUUGUUUUUCAUUGUUUGAUGUUCCCUCUGCAUGCUGUGACUUCCCCUACUUCUGAAAGAAGAGACUCCUUUGCAUGUCUGGAGACAGUAGGGGUGGUAAGCUAAAGGGAAGUUGAGUGUAUACCGGUGGAGAGGGGCAGUGGAUACAACAGCCAGGUCACAGGGUCUUGCAGGGGCCUCUGUAUGUACCCAGGGUACUGGCCUAAACCCCCAAUUCUAGCCAUAGACAAACACCAGGCCAGACCCUUCCACCUUGGGUCAGCCUGAGCGGCUUGGGCUGAGCCACCAGCACCAAGGGAUUCAAGCUGGCAUUUCAGUCUAAGAAGGCCUCUCAGUGGAUAGGACCAGAGAGGAAAGCGGGGCCUCUGUGGGUGCUGGGUACUCCAGAGGUGCCCCUGGUGAAAGGGUCCGUGGUCCUAGCAGGAAAGGAGGCCAGGCAACGCCAUUUGGGGCCCCUGGGUUGAGUCAAGGAGGGAGAACAAGGGACCAAGCGGCCAUAAAGUCUCAGCCAAUGAUGGGGCUUCUUCACUGGGCCCCUGUAGUCCUCAAGCCCCUGGCCUCCACCUUACCAGGUGCCAUUUCUUCUCAGAAGGCCACUGCCCAGCCCCCAGGCCGCCCCUUCGUGGCCAGAGACUGGUUAAAGCCCCCCAGUGCCUCCUUGUGCAUAGAACUUCCUCGGCCCGCCCUCCUCUGCCCCAGCCCUUACAGUAGUGUAGAAGCCCCCUCCCCCGGCUGGUGUAGAAUAGCCAAUAGUGUAGUGUGGUGUGCUUUUACGUGAUGGCGAGUGGGCAGCGGGCGGUGGGCUGUGCGCAGCCGUCUGUCCUUGAAUCUCAACCUGCCUGCGCAGCCCGUGCUGUGUUUUGUGCUGUGUCCACAACGCUGCGGCGACCCCUCCCUGUACUGACUCCUCUAUAAAAGCUUCUCUUCGCAUAGUCACGUAGCUCCUGCCCACCCCCCUUCUGAUAUCUCUCGCAAGUUUUAUACUCUAAUAUUUAUAUGGCUUUUUUCUUCGAAAAUUAAAA